AUGUACUCGGUAGUCAGCGAGCUCAGAAAGGAGUCUCUCUCCCUCCGAAAUCGAUUGCAGCUGGUCGUAUAUGACAGCAAGUACGUAGCUAGCCUUGAACUAGCGGUUCCCUUGAUUGCCAACGAGCGCUGUGGUCUUUGGUACGUGCCUCAUCCCGACGGUACUUGUUACUUCAAGCUGACCGAUGGUCACAAUGAGGUGUGGAACUUCAGUCAACGACGGCUUAAUCUACAAUUGUUUGACCACUUGAAGAAGAGUGGUGGAUUUGCCAUCGUUGAUUCCACCAGGAAAGGGAAACUCAUCCCCGAUGCUUUAUCCAAAACGAUCCCCAUCUGGAUCGCGGUGAUGAAUGGUCUUAACCCGAACGUUAACGACCCCAAAUUGAUCACACCCACAGAAUUGAUAUCUCCGUCAAUCCAUUCACAAAUUGAAUCCAAAAUUGAGCCUUUUAUUGCAGGAGCCCGCGACUUAAUUCCUGAUCUGACAUUUGAUAGCAUUCUUAAACCAAUGUAUCCCAUGUGGAUAUAUCCAGGAAAACCGAUACCCACUCCACCUCCAGACGUGUACCCUGUAUAUUUGAUUACCAGUUCUAAGAAGGUGGCGGCCACUCAAAGAGUCACUCACGAAGGGACCCUGUGGUACUAUAUCCAAGGAAGUGGAGACGAUCACGAACUAUGGGCUACCGACUUGCCAUUCUUACUGCCACAAGUGUUUUGGGAUGUCUAUCCAGAACUAAUUGGAGAAAGUGGAUAUUUAGAUGAGUACUCUGAUGUCGAGUUGAAAGAGAUGAUAACGUGGAUCUACGAACGACGAGCCAAACGCCAACAAGAACUGCUUGAAGCAGACGAAGCAUCCUUAGUUGUCACAAGAGUUGGCGACACUGGUUUAGGAUAUGCACAAAUCACUCACAAUGUCGCUUACACUCAACUUGUGAAAGAUCACCCUGACCAUCAAAUUGUGAUUCUUUCUAAAUAUUAUCGAGUAUUGGAUGUGCCCGAAAAGUCUUCCGUUGUGCAAUUCACCAUUGAUGAGGGAAAGAAGGGUGCCAAGCAGCUUCGAGACUUACUACCCAAACUCAUCACUGAACUUGGAUCGCAAGUUAUUGUUGCGUGUGAUACUGGCAAAGACUUGAGUAUUGGGGUUAUUCUCGUGCUUUUGGCUCAACGCUACACCACUGACUGGAUUCGACUCGAGCAACCACCUCGUAUCAAUAAGGACGUCAUCAAACAACACUUAGCUCGGAUUCAAGGGGUGAAUCCGCUGCGAAAUACUCUUCAAAGUGUCAAUGCCUACCUUAUGUGA